CUGACCCCCUGCCUCCAGGUUCUGAGAAGAUGGCGAAGGUCUCAGAGCUUUACGAUGUCACUUGGGAAGAGAUGCGAGAUAAAAUGAGAAAAUGGAGAGAAGAAAACUCACGAAAUAGUGAGCAAAUUGUGGAAGUUGGAGAGGAAUUAAUUAAUGAAUAUGCUUCUAAGCUUGGAGAUGAUAUUUGGAUCAUAUAUGAACAAGUAAUGAUUGCAGCCCUAGACUAUGGUCGGGAUGACUUGGCAUUGUUUUGUCUUCAGGAGUUGAGAAGACAGUUCCCUGGCAGUCAUAGAGUCAAGAGACUAACUGGGAUGAGAUUUGAAGCCAUGGAAAGAUACGAUGAUGCUAUACAACUGUAUGAUCGAAUUUUACAAGAAGAUCCAACUAACACUGCUGCAAGAAAGCGUAAGAUUGCCAUUCGAAAAGCCCAGGGGAAAAAUGUGGAGGCCAUUCGGGAACUGAAUGAGUAUCUGGAACAAUUUGUUGGAGACCAAGAAGCCUGGCAUGAACUUGCAGAACUUUAUAUCAAUGAACAUGACUAUGCUAAGGCAGCCUUUUGCUUAGAAGAGCUAAUGAUGACUAAUCCACACAACCACUUAUACUGUCAGCAGUAUGCUGAAGUUAAAUAUACUCAAGGUGGACUUGAAAACCUCGAACUUUCACGAAAGUAUUUUGCACAGGCAUUGAAACUGAACAACAGAAAUAUGAGAGCUUUGUUUGGGCUUUACAUGUCGGCAAGUCAUAUUGCUUCUAAUCCAAAAGCAAGUGCAAAAACAAAAAAGGACAACAUGAAAUAUGCUAGUUGGGCAGCUAGUCAAAUAAACAGAGCUUAUCAGUUUGCAGGUCGAAGUAAGAAGGAAACCAAAUACUCUCUUAAGGCAGUCGAAGACAUGUUGGAAACGCUGCAGAUCACUCAGUCUUAAGGUUUCAAACUCUUUCACAUUACAUUUCACAACUGCACAAUUGAACUUACUGGCCUGUGACUUAUUUACUAAAUGCCUAGUGCUAUUUAUAUACUGAUUUUUUGUUAAGAGGGCAAUUGUAAAGAAUGUUUAUAUAAACCUAAAAAUGCCUUUUAUUGCUAAGCAGGAAGAUGGAGAAAGUCCAUGGAAGAGAGAUUUAACAAGAUUUAUAUUGAUUGUACAUCAUUCUCUUCAUAUCACACAUAAUAUAAGUGCUUUUAAGCCACAAUCUGAUGUAGAAAUCUCACAAAUAAAUUAUGAUGAUUUAUUAAACUUGCAUAUGAAGAUUCUAGAUUCUUUUUGUUAAACUCAGAGAAAAUGUUGUUUUAGAACUCAGUUUCUAGUUAAAUUCUUUUUAUUUGUGAUAAGAAAUACAUAGCAUUCACAGCUGACAAGGAAAAUGCUCGCACGUUAUUUUGAUUCUCUUUCUAGUGUCAAGUUGGAUUUUGCUGUGCAUUCCGGUGGGCUUGUUUUAUGUGCUAUGUUAUUCUGAUAAAUAUUGCUUAAAAUAUGUUGUUUUCCAAAGUUCAGUCAUAUCUCUUUGUAAAAUUUUUGUUUUAUAUGUCAUUCUCCAAAAUUCAGUCAUAUCUCUUUGUAAAAUUUUUGUUUUACCGUAGGACAUAAUUGAGAUUUUUACCUAUAAAAAGCUUUAAGGUUCAUGUAUACUGUAAUACUCAAAUUUAGCCUUUAUGAAAGUUACAUUUUUUGAACUUUCAAGUAUAAAUUGCAUAAAAGAAUAUUAAGAGAUCAUAGAGAAUAGGAAUUAAAAGGGUUUCAGUGGCAGGACAAGAAAAUCUAAAGUGUCUAAGAAAAUCUUAACUGUCUUCAGGAGAAAAAUUUCUAUUUCUGAUAUUUCUUUACCUUCUUAGUAAUAAUUAGAAUUUUUUUUUCCUUUUUCUCCUUUCAUGAUAAACAAUCAUAUGCUUCAACAAUAUUUUGCAUGUUUCAAUAGAAUAGAAAGAACUUUGAGAGUUAAACACUAUUCAGACACCUGUUUUUAAAAUAGGCAAUUGGUCAUUCAAGGCAUGUAUUAUUAGUAGUAGCUUGCAUUUUACAUAUAUGCGUUACAUUUUGUAUGUAUCAUAUACAUGUAUAAUUACAUAUAUAAAUAUAAAUACAUAGUUUACCAAUUGUAUACAGAAGCUCUUCCAUACUUGUCAUUGUUAGAUUUAGGCAAAUGGGGUUCAUAGAGGAAUUGACAACUUGGAAGUCUUUAGGAAGAAAAUUAUUGUCAACAUCAGUUUUUUAAAUUUUUUGAAAAUUCUGUUAGUAAAUUAUUCUCCAUAUCUGGUCUAAUUCUUUUAUUUUGCAGUCUUUUUCAUUUUAUUCUUUCAUAAGAAGUGAGCACAUGUGAAAUAACUCUCCUCAUAUAAAGGCAAUUCUUAUCAACUAAUCUUUGUUAUCACAAGAUACAGUGUUUUUUGCCCAUAAAUUUAGUAACUGCAUUUUCAACAUAAUCAGCCAUUUAAGAUGUGUUUCCUAUAAAGAAAGUAGUGCCCGUAUAUUAUUCCAUUACCUUUCUUUCUCUCCUGCUAGUCACUAGAGUAGUAUUUACUUUAGCAAUUAUACUUGUGUAAGUUAGUGCCUUUUAUAACUGUCAGCCUAAGUUUCACUUUAUUUUUCUAAUUUUAAUACCUUCUUGUUAAGAAUUUUUUAUGAAAUACAUUAUUGAUGUGUAAUAAUCUAUAAACCUCAGUUUAAAUGUACAGAUAAUCCCAUCGUGGCAGAUGUUUGCCAACUGCUUUUAGUGCCACCUUUUCCUUGUUAACAGUAUCUUACAUUGUUCAGGUAGGAGCAGAGAUCCCUGUUCUUCUAGGAGAUAAGGACCUUAACCUUAUGAAUGAUCUAAAACAGAAGUGGUUUCAUUUCUUAUGGUCUGUGUUAUGCCAAGGAAGAAUUUUUUGCAGUGAAGGAGAUAUUCUGUAUUUCUACUGUCCAGUUUGGUAGCUACUUGCUGUACGUGGCUAUUGAGCACUUGAAAUAUGGCCAGUAGAACUGAGAAAUUGAAUUUUUAGUUUAAAUUAAACUUAAAUAAUUGCAUGUGACUCAUGGCCAUCAGAGUAGUGGAAGUGUAGAUAUCUAAAGUGUGAGCAUGUGACCUAUUUAAGGCUAAGAAAAUGGACAGAAGCCUGUUGAGAAGGGCUUCCUUUCAAAUUAAAAAGUCAAAGCAUUGUGAAGUAAGGCUUUUUGCCUCUUUCUCUUCCUUCAGGACAUGAGUGUCAGCAACAUGGUUGGAGAUAAAACAGCCAUCUUACAACCAUGAAACAAUAAAUAGGAGUAUGAAAGCUACCUUUCAAAGAUGGUUUUGUAGAAAGAUUAGGGAGAGCCUGGGUCCCUGAUGGCAUGUUGAACACCUGAACCAACAUGAACACUUGCCAACCUCUACACUUACUACAUGAGAAAAAUAAACUCUGUUUAGAUGUUUGGAUUUUCUGUUACUUUUGCCAUGCAUAUUUCUGACUACUAUAUCCAUCAUUCAGCUUUUUUUUUUUUUAAUAUGCAAAACUCUUAUUUUAGACAUGCUGGGAAUGGUGUUUCAUAAUGUAAUGAUUUAAAGUAGAGAAGCAUAUAUAACAAAAGAAGUAAUAUUUUGUUGCAGUUCAGCACACACUGUUUAAGCCAACUUUAUAGGAUAGUAUUGACUUGGGAGCAGAGGAGGAUGUAGAAAAGAUAGAAUUGGAAGACUAAUGUUCAGUAUGCUGGGAGCAUAUAAUUUUUAUUGGUAAAUAUUUCAAAGAAUCUUUUUUUUUCCAGUGCCACAUUUAUUCUCAAACAACUUCAUUUUACUUCAUUUCAUAGAACUGUAGGAUUUUAGAAGGGACUUGAAAGAUGAUUUAGUUAUACUCCAUUUUAAGAUGAGGAAUUGAGCGAGGUUCUGAAAAAUUAAGCCCUUCUGUGACAGAGCAGGACUAGGAUGUUGGGAGUUCCCAAGUCAGUGUUCUUUCUAGUGUACUCACUCAUAUGCCUUUUCUGUGAAAUGUUCUUCCUAUUUUAGAGUGACAAAAUUAAAAGAUAGAUAUAGCCAAGAAACAUUGCUUAUUAACAGAGCAGGUAUUAGAAUUCAGAUUUUCUGACUUGUAGAACAAUUUUUUAGAGGAAUAAUAGUCAUAAUUUCUUUUUUUAAGUCAUAAUUUCAUUUUGAAUUAAAUUGAACUUAAAACUCAAUUGACCAUUUAAGCCGUUACUUCAUGUAACAUUGUGAGAAGUAUUUAAGACUAUUUAAAACUAUUUCAAGCCUUUUACUUUGAACCUCUGAUGUAUCCUAUCUCCCUUCGCACUCUUGACAAAGCAACCUUUUGUUGCAGACUGAAUUGUGUCCCCCCAGUACUCCUAUGUUGAAGUCCUAACCCUAACCCCCAGUACCUCCGAAUGUGAUUUUAUUUGGAGAGAGCCAGUUAGGUCAUAAUGAGUGGGCCGUAAUCCAGUAUUGAUUGAUAUCUUUAGAAGAGGAGAUUAGGACACAGACACACAGAGGAAGGACCGUGGGAAGACAAAGAGAAGAUGCCCAUCUACAAGCCAAGGAGUGAUUCCACAGAAGAAAUCAACUCUCCUGACACCUUGAUCUUGGACUUCUGGCCUUUAGAACUAUGAUAAAAUAAAUUUCUGUUGUUUAAGA